AUGGAUCCAACGGGCGUCAUCACUAUCAUUGGUCUGGCCUGGCGCGGUCUAAUCUGUGAGAACCUUUUAUCAGCGAUACAGGCAGAUAUUUUGAAGAAUGUUGCUAGAAAUGUUACGCAGAAGUCCUUGAGGAAAUUUCCAGAUGAUUUCCUCUUUGGAGCUGCUACUUCAUCCUACCAAAUUGAAGGAGCAUGGAAUGAUGGAGGCAAAGGCUGGUCAAUGUGGGAUCACUUAGUACGCACCGACCCUGACCAUAUAAUUGACGGAACAAACGGCGACGUUGCUGCCAAUUCAUACUAUUUCUACGAAAAAGACAUCGCCAUCCUGAAAGAGUUAGGCGCCAAUGUAUACAGAUUUUCCGUAUCCUGGCCUAGAAUACUGCCAUUCGGUCGCGCAGACUACAUCAACCCUGAAGGAAUCGCUUAUUACAACACCCUGAUCGAUCGCCUGCUUGCCAACAACAUCACGCCAUUUUUAACCAUAUACCAUUGGGAAUUGCCUCAAAAUUUGAAUGAACAGGGCGGUUGGUUGACUGAAGACAUCGUGGACUGGUUUGGCGACUAUGCGCGAGUCCUGUUCCAAAAUUUCGGAGACAGAGUCAAACAUUGGCUGACAAUCAAUGAGCCUUCUGUUCAUUGCAAUCUGGGUUACGCUAUUGGCCUCCACGCUCCUAGGAUCAAGUCUCCUGGUGUCAAAUACUAUGAAUGCGGGCGUCAUAUACUGCUAGCUCAUGCGAGAGCGUACCAUAUUUACAAAAAUGAAUUCGCUCAUCAAGGUGGUAAGAUAGGUCUUGCUUUGGACUCUGAAAUGAGUAUGCCGAGCAGCAAUUCACCGGAAGAUAUACAAGCGACUGAAGACUGCAUGAUGUUUCAUCUCGGCCAGUUCGCCCACCCUAUUUACUCAGAAACCGGGAACUACCCACAGCGAUUUAUUGAUCUUAUUGCUGAAGCGAGCGCGAGGCAAGGUCUCCCAGAGUCUCGCCUACGCAGUUUCUCUCAAGAACAAAUUGACUACAUAAGGGGAACAGGAGAUUUCCUAUCAAUCAACCACUAUUCGAGUAAUUAUGUGUAUAGAAACGCGUCAGUAGUUAACAUGCACGAAGUGCCGUCUUUGCUGGAUGACGCGCAACUAGCCUUUUAUAAGGAUCCCUCGUGGCCAUCGAGUUUUUGGAUUGCAACAUACGGUCCCGGCUUACACAAGCUCCUAGUGUACAUUAAGAAUAAUUACAAUAAUCCAAUCAUUUACAUAACAGAGAAUGGUUUUGCAUCAACCACAGGACUGAACGACGAAGGCAGAGUUAGUUAUUUUAGAGAAUAUUUAACUGCAGUUCUAGAUGCAAUCGAUGACGGGGUGAAUGUUAAAUUAUAUUGUGCGUGGAGUCUCAUGGACAACUUCGAAUGGACUUUUGGUUACAGUAUCCGUUUCGGCCUCUACGAAAUCGAUGAAAAUGACCCAGAGAAAACUAGAAGACCCCGUAAAUCUGCACUUGUGUUCAAAGAAAUAGUGCGAACGAGGACCAUCGACAUGGACUACAACCCAGAUCCUUAUGCUAGCUCAGCUAUAAACAAGAAAACUUCCAUUGUUCUUUUGGCGGCUAUAUCAUUAAUUAAAACAGUAUUUUAAUUUGCUACAUGACUUAUAUUAAGUAUUUAUUUUAUCUUAUAACACCUAGUUAUUAAACUUAAAUGUUUAUUGUGACAUUUUGUAACAUAUUACCUACAUUUAUUAUCUUAUAAAUAAUCUUAUCUACUACCUACUUAAGACCCGA